AUGCGUGCCGUGCCCCCGCCCGCCCUGCGGAGUCUGGGUUCAAGGGUCCUACCACGUAUCUACCGCCCAACACAAGCUGCUCUAUCCAGAAAUCCGGUGACUCGAAUCUCAUCACGCUCCGUUGCAAGCUAUACGCACCCACAUCAUGCAUCUGCCCUCUCGGUUCUCCCAACAGCCGUUGACACCUCAUCCUCCGAAUACCGCGAAAACAGCCAACAAAUGCAAGAGAUCCUCGAGCAGAUGAACUCCCUGCACGCAAAGAUCUCAAAAGGGGGUUCUGAGAAAGCACGAGAGAAACAUAUCGCGCGUGGUAAAAUGCUACCUCGAGACCGAGUCUCUGCCCUCAUCGACCCAGGUACCUCCUUCCUGGAACUGUCUCCACUGGCCGGACACGGCGUCUACGAAGGCGAAGAUGUUCCAGCUGGAGGUAUUAUUACUGGAAUCGGCACGGUGGAAGGUGUCAAUUGCAUGAUUGUUGCAAAUGACAGUACAGUGAAGGGCGGAACUUAUUACCCUAUCACCGUGAAGAAACAUCUUCGUGCACAGGCUAUCGCACAGGAAAAUAGACUACCAUGUAUCUACCUCGUUGAUUCUGGUGGUGCCAAUCUGCCUCAUCAGGCCGAUGUAUUCCCUGAUCGUGAUCACUUCGGUCGCAUCUUCUAUAACCAAGCAAGAAUGAGCUCCCUGGGGAUCCCGCAGCUUUCGGUUGUUAUGGGUCCUUGCACGGCGGGCGGUGCUUAUGUUCCUGCUAUGAGUGAUGAGACUAUUAUCGUUGAGAAUCAGGGAACCAUCUUCCUUGCUGGCCCGCCGCUUGUUAAGGCUGCUACUGGUGAGGUUGUCUCGGCAGAGGAUCUGGGCGGUGGGCAGUUGCAUUCGACUAUUUCCGGUGUGACGGAUUAUUUGGCCGUUGAUGAUGCGCAUGCGUUGAUUCUUGCGCGGAGAUCGGUGGCUAAUCUGAAUUAUCCUACUACGCAAGAAUCAUUGAAGCUGGAAGGCGUUGUUAAAGAGCCGAUUUAUGAUCCUGCAGAACUAAAUGGUAUCGUGGGAACUAAUCUUCGACGCCAAAUUCCUGCUCAUGAGGUUAUCGCGCGAAUUGUGGAUGGGAGCGAGUUUGCAGAGUUUAAGAGGGAUUAUGGGACCACGCUUGUGACAGGCUUUGCUCGAAUCCAUGGCCAUCGAGUUGGUAUUGUGGCGAAUAAUGGCAUUCUUUUCUCUGAGUCUUCGCUGAAGGGUGCUCAUUUCAUUGAGCUAUGUGCACAGCGAAAGAUACCGCUUGUCUUCUUGCAGAAUAUCUCGGGUUUCAUGGUCGGUGCAGAUGCUGAGAAGGGUGGUAUCGCGAAGAACGGUGCCAAGCUUGUGACUGCUGUUGCUUGCGCGGAUGUUCCCAAGUUUACAGUAGUCUUCGGCUCAAGUGCAGGUGCUGGCAAUUACGGCAUGUGUGGCCGUGCCUAUUCCCCUCGUCUGAUGUUUAUGUGGCCCAAUUCUAAGAUUGGAGUCAUGGGUUCUGAGCAGUUAUCCGCUGUCAUGGAAGCCGUGGGUAAAUCGGCAGACCCAGCCUUGAAGGCCCGUAUUGAUCACGAGUCCGAGGCUAUCUUCUCCUCUGCCCGUCUAUGGGACGACGGUGUAAUUCCACCAGCGCAGACAAGAACCAUGUUGGGGCUAGGGUUGGCCGCUGUUCUGGGUGGUAAAGCAGAACCAGAUAUACAGACCAGGUUUGGAGUAUUCCGGAUGUAA